AUGGACAACUCUGAGCCACAGCUUCCUCGCAAGAUUGAUCUCACUGUCUCCGAUGAGAUGCCCGUACCUGGUACUAUCAACAACGGCCCUGGCGUCAUGCCAGCACCAGGCGACACCUCCAGCAACCACCCUUCACCAGUCGACGGCUCUCUGCCUCUGCCGGUGCCAAGCAUGCUGGACCACGACGAUGUCCCUUCAGUUCCAGAAACCUUUGGUGACGAGGGUACAACCAAUGGCCAGCUCCCAGGUGGUCUUGGUGAUGCGCAAGGAGCAGGAGGAAUGAACCAGCCGCCAACCACUCCCGUCAGUUCACAGGCGUCUUGGGCCCAGGACAGCCUCAAGUCACUGCCCAGCCACUCCAAGGACACCCUGCUCCCAAACCAGAGCCCCAAGCUGACGGUUCUGGACAGCAGCUUGGGCAACAACCACCCGGCACCGGACCAUCGCCGGGCCAAGCCCAAUCACCUAGCCCCCAAGGAGAGCAGCAGCAACCAGAACCGCGUCUGCCUGCUGAUCAGCCUCAACAGCAAGGACAGGGCCAGCCAGCGCAGGGUCAGUCUACGAGUCAGCCCGCGGGCCAACCUCAGCAAGCCGGAGCUCAGCAGCCUGGCGGCCAACAGCAAGAUGGGCAGCAAGUCGGGUCAAACCUCGCAGUCCGGCCAAACCUCGCAGUCCGGCCAAACCUCGCAGUCCGGCCAAACCUCGCAGUCCGGCCAAACCUCGCAGUCCGACCAAACCUCGCAGUCCGGCGAUGGAUCUACUCAGCAGCCUGCCACAAGCCAAUGGUGGUUCCGGCAAUAA